AUGUUGUUUUCAAGGGCGUCCUGUUUUGGCCUGCUUGAUUCAACGGUUGCUUGGAACCAACAUUUCAAUUGUUUGGUUUGUUUGAUUGUAGUUUUUUUUUCCAAACCGCUUUAUGCUUCGUUUGAACCAGCAUCGCCUUUGGGCACAAAUUUAGCGAUUGGAAGGGCCAUGGACGACGGAGGAGGACAUGUGUAUGCAAUACGAGAGGGUUUUCGCAUCAACUGGAUGAAUAUGCGUGAUGCAGCUACUGGACAAGUUAUGUGGGAAAGCGGCGAAUGGGACUGCGGUCAAGAUGAAAUGGAGGCGCAAAUACCAAGAGAGAUUCUAAAAUGCAGACAGGUGUCCCGGGAGCUGAAUUUUUCCUCCUUGGAAGUGAUGACCAGCCUGCGACUGGUACAGUCGGUAAUUUUCAAAGGCGAACCUUUGGAAGAAUGGAACUUCCAUUUUGGCUUUGUCAUACCCAAUUCGACAAACACUUGGCAGCAGACCAUUGAGGCUGCUGAGGAGGAAGAAAUGUUGCCUGCUGAAUUGCUGUCUGGCAACGUUGUGAUUGAGACGACCUUCUUCGAUGGUGACUACCCCAUCAUGACCCAAAGGGUACGAAUAUGGUAUGUGUGA